AUGGUUUCAUUGAUCUUGGAGUCCGAAUCUAUCACCAGAGAUAUACUAACCGCCCUUCGUGAAAUUUCAACCGGCCCAGAGUUCACACGCUAUCUGACGGUCAAUCGUGAAUUUCUCAGGCUAGGUGUUGAGCUAUCGCUCAGCUGUCUAGUGUUGACAGAACGCACACUUCCGCGAUUCUUGACAUGCAUGGAGCAGCGACCAGUACCUGCGGAAUUACCCAUUAGAUCUCUGACCCUGAACCUGGUAGUCCGAGACCCUUCUCACACAGGAGAACCAACAGGCCUAGGGUCCGUGGCAUAUCCACUGUAUUUCUCCAGUUGCAAUAUUAUAGAGCGCGAUGCCCUACUGCAAUACUUUUCGUUUCGUGUCGAUGCUCAGUCGGUUGCAGGGAGCUGGUAUGAUGACAAUUAUACGCCGAUAGAGCCGGAAUUUUAUCACGGCCACCUUGUUGCUCUGCUGGAAGCCCUGCCUCCGACCUGUUCCAGUCUCGAGCUCGACACUGCAGGAGUUGAACGUUAUUUUCACGGCGAGCAUCUAUGUGGACAUAUUGCUAGAGUUAUACCGCGCCUCCGCCACAUUCGUUUGCGGGUACGCAACCUCUGCUCGGAUUUCAUACACCUACCCGGAGAGGAUGACCCGGAUUUCGGCCAAAACAUUUACCCCAACCUCCGUUCCAUUCUGAUAAAUGGCGACAUCCCGAUUGGACACUCGAUGUCCACGGGAGUCUGCAGUACUGUGGAUUCCCCGAACUCCUUGCAUGAAGAGAUUAUCCCGGUCCUCCUCUCGAACCACAGACUGCACAUGCGUGGUCUGAAUCGGCUGGAGCUAUAUGAUUCAAUGGUUGUGGAGGGUCCCUCAAGGGCAUUUACCAUGAUGCGUAAGACAGACGUCCUUGAUGAGCUGAGCUGGUUCUCACCAUCCCUGUACCUUCCCAAUUACCAUUUCGACCGCGAUAGACGACAAACCUGGCGCGUUAUUCGGUCUGAUACUGGCGAGGAGAUCGUCGGGCCUCGCAACUCUGUGCCCGAGCUUUUCGAAUAUGCGUGGGAUACCACGUCGGAGGGGGCAAGAUUUCCUGUUGGCUGCGAUGGGCCUGGGUUUCCCGUCCAGCGUGCCUUUGGCUGGCGGUUAGCUUGGGGCGGUAGCAACAUCAGAGAUUUCGCCGCGUACCAGAACCAACAGCGAGCCCUUUAUCCUCCUGACUCUAAAGAAAUGGCAAUAAUUUUGAGUCUCGAUUUUAUAGGGUGGACGCCAACAGGUUUUCAUGGCGUGGAUGCCCAUCUAUUUCAAUUGCGGCCUAUGAACACCCCUAAUGGGCACCACGAACCCCUCCCCAAUUAG